UCAAAUAAGUGUGACGGAUGGCAACUUCGGCUGCUCGAGGGGUGACGGUGAGAGCAUUAGUUCAACAGUGCUUAUCAGCAAGGCUUCAAGUAAAACCUGCGUCUAGGGAAGAUGUUGAUGAUGCGACCUAUGUUGAGAUUGGUAGAGGCAUUGUGAUUUAUUUGUGCUUUCUGAAAGGAGCUGAUUCGGCUGUUGUGCAGAAAACUGUAAAAGCCUUGACAAGUGUCCGCCUGAGCUUCAAUGCAGAGACUGGCUCCAAUGGUUCAGUACUUGAUAUACAAGGUGACAUCCUUGUUGUACCGCAGGCGACUCUGGGUGGCAAGAUAAAAGGCAGAGCCGUUCAAUACCAUGGGAACAUAGCAAAGGAUGAUGGUCAACAACUGUAUGAUGAAUUUGUCAGCUUAUGUAAUAAAGAAGUCAGUGAAAGCAGCACAUCUGGUGACAGUCAACAUCAACAAGUACACCAUGGAUCUUAUGGGAAUCGACAAGUUCUUAGCAUUGUUACAAACGGACCAUUCACACAUUUGUUUGAAUUUUAGAAGGAAAGGAAAUAUAUUUUGAUCUUAGGCAGCAAUUAUUUCUGUUUGACAAGCAAUAGUGUGGUGGUUAGCUGGAUAAUGUCAUCAUGGUUUAACAA